CUUCAGCUUUCAGAUGUGAGCUGUGAAAUUGUGCCGAAGAGAAGCAAAAGAGAGAGAGAAUCGAAAGGGAAGAAGAAGAAGAAGGAUGAGUCUGACAUCGACGGCGGCUCACGCUGCUCGGAGGGCGGCGCAAAGAGAGAGGGUCCGGAUCCUCUACAGACGCGCCCUCAAAGACACCCUCAAUUGGGCCGUCCAUCGUCACCUCUUCUACGACGACGCAGCUAACCUCCGCGAAAGGUUCGAGCAACACAGACACGUGGAAGACCUUGAUACCAUCGAUCGGAUGAUAGAAGAUGGUGAAGCUACCUACAAUAAGUGGCGCCACCCUGAUCCUUAUAUAGUUCCUUGGGCUCCCGGUGGUUCCAAGUUUACUCGCAACCCAACUCCACCCGAGGGGAUUGAGAUAGUUUAUAACUUUGGUCGUGAAGAUAAUGACUGAAAUCAUAAACUUUUUUCUUGUAAUGAAUAAAGAUUGGUCCAACCAUGCUUCUGAUGUUGAAGAAAAUGAAUUCCUAUGGUCAUAAACCUAAAGUAGCAUUUUCUACUGCUGGAUUUGUAUGAAUGCAUAUAUCAAACUGAAAUUCAAUGCUGACAAUUUUCAUUUGCA